AUGACAAGUGAACAAGUUCAAGAACUAGGAGAAUCACUAUCCGCUAUUGGGUUUGUUCAGCUGAAGGGCAAAGGCGAUAAAAAAAAUAUGGACAACAGAAAGAGGGUCCACAUGCCAAAGAAACUGACUAGAUUCAGUUGCCCAUGUAUGUUCAAGAUAAGGUACUUUAAGGAGAAAAACUCGAAUGUGGUGAUGAAGUUUAGAACAAAUCAUUCCCAUGGUCUUGUACUGCCACACCAGACUCAUUUGCUCAGGUCACAUCGUAAUGUUCCAGAUUCUCAGUUAGAUUUGGCCAAAUUAAUGCAGAGUGUACCAAUUAGGACUUGUCAUUCAUUUCAACAUAUGAGUGAUGUAGCUAGAGGGUUUUUAAAAGUUGGCUUCACUAUUAAAGACUUGUACAACAAGUUAGAUUCAAACAAACAUAAAAGCAUAAUUGGAGGGGAUUCAAAAGCUACACUUGCAUAUCUUGAAAGAAAAGUUGUUGAAGAUAAGAACUUAUUUUUUAAGUAUACAACAGAUGCGAAUAAAAGGUUGGCUAACUUGUUCCGAAGAGACUCAACUUUGUUCCAGGACUAUUAUUGCUUUGGAGAUGUGUUGGCAUUUGAUAGCACCCACCUAACUAAUCACUAUGGGAAGCCUUUAGUAUUAUUUGUGGGUUCUAACAACCAUCUAUCAACCGUCAUUUUUGGUUUUGCAUUGUUGGAGGAUGAAACUGCUAAGACUUAUAAAUGA